CAUUGUGAUAGAUAUGUAGGCCAACUUUCACUACUCCCUUCAAGCGUGUAGAACAGAGUUGGUAGUUUCAACUUUCUUAGACUACGUCUUAAGAUUACCGCCAGCGGUCUGUGGAAAAGCAUCGUGAAAAUGUCACUCUCCAAGUUCACCCUGAAUUUUUUACGAGGGAGCAAAGUGGCCCGUGCUAGUGGCGUUUUUUGCGCAAGGGGUUUGGGUUCCGCACAACCGGAGUUGGAAAAAAAGCCAGAUUUUAACGUAAGAUGGAAUAAAGUGGUUGCAGAUGCUGAGAAAAUUGUCGGAUAUCGUAAUUCUUUUAUUGGUCUGAGAUGGUUGCUUAGUGAGGAAGUGGAAAAUAUUGCUGUGCAGAUAAGGAAGAUGAAGAAGUCUAAACAUCCGUUAAUCAAGACGGUCAAAGAUCUGAUAGCCAACGCCAACAACAGUAAACAACCAUGGGGUCUUGUAAUACUUUUGAUUUCGAAAGCUCUUGGACACAACGCCAAGAUCUCAAUUGCUCCAGCUGAAGAAAGCGUUGGAUAUCUACAUUCUCAGAGAGCUCUAGCCGAAAUUACCGAAAUGAUUAGGACAAGUCAUAUAGUCCACAAAGGACUGCUGAAUAUACCUAAAGACACACCAGCGGAAAAAUUGGACAACAUCGUCAACGGAAACAAAUUAGCUUUGUUAUGUGGAGACCAUCUGCUGAGUACCAGCUGUUUGGAACUCGCAAAACUGGAGAAUCAAGAAUUGGUAGAACUGAUGUCAUCUGCUGUUAGGGAUUUGUCAGAAUCUGGAUUUAUCGGUGUCAGGGAUUAUCAGAAUCUUCCACUUCCGUCCUUUCCCAGAAAUGGCGGUGCAACCAAUUUCAAAUUACCGGAAGAUCCUUUGGAUCCUGUGAAACCUGGAGAUGCUUUGGGAGUGGCCAAAUCAGAAUGGACACUGAGGAAUAUUUUGGAUGGAGGUAAUCUACUAGGUAAAGCAUGCCAGGGUUCCUUGAUAUUGGCUGGACAUUCCACCACAACUCAAAGACAGGCCUACCAGUUUGGACUGAAUCUUGCGCUAGCUUGGCAAGCAAACACAGAUCUUAAGUCUUUCGCUCCACAAUAUAAUAACACAGUAUUCUCUUUAGUAUCAGCACCUGUAUUGUUUACUUUAGAACAGGAACCUGCUUUGUAUGAAGAAAUAGAAAAAGGACAACAAAAUGUCAAUGAUGUAAAUUAUGAGAAAAUAAGGGAAAUGGUAAUCGCAGGUCCAGGACUUGAAAAGACUAAGAAUUUGCUCGAGGAACUUUGUAACAAUACGUUCGAAUUUUUGGAAAAAUUACCUGAUUCAGAAGCAAAAGAAGGAUUAGAGUCUUUAAUAACUCGCAUUGCUGGAAAAUAAUGUGAAUUUAUAGGUUUACACAUUACUAUACAAGUUGCACAGCCCAACAAACAUUUUAGUUUCAGCUGUCCCAGUGAUUUUUGGGAUUAGAAGUCUCAUUUGGUCUGUAAAUUUUUUUUUAAGCUAUUGUUGGGUUAUGCUAUAGUUACCUAAACAUGGUAUGUUGUAGAAAUAGUUCUAUUGAAAUUAUGAAAGAAAUCAAGACUUUUGGACUGAUUUAAAUUGAGAAGAAUUUAUAUAAGUAGUAUAUGAAAAAAAUUUUUUGUUGAGAGCAAUCUAUUUUUAAAAAGACUACUAUGAACGGAUUUGUGGAUAUCACUGAUGUAUAACGAAGUAAGUACCUGAAUUGUUUGGAAAAGGGGCUUGAAUAAAUUCAGAUAUUUUUAUAUUUACUCAUAUUUCAAUGAUUUUAAGGAUAUAUUUAUUUUAUUACCACAUUGAAUGUAAUGAUAAUAUAUUAUUUUUAAGAAAAAUAAUCUUUCUCUCUCAACUCAUCUAUGAGGAAAUACUUGAAUUAUCGAAUUCAAUGAUUAACCUAAAUUAUCAGUAACAUUUUGUUAUUAUAAUUUUUUUUUUUGAAUCCCUACUCUUCCGAAAAACUUUAAUUAUACAUUUUUCCUUAUCUAUCUUAUUUACUUAUGAUAUAAGAUAUGAGUGAAGGAUAAGAAAAUGAUUCAUGAAAUCUUGGAGUAGUUUAUUUUGAUCAGAAAAUAAACUCUAAAAUAUCACAUGAUUCAUUAUAAUAAUACCAUCUCUGGAUGAACAAGAAUAUUUUGAUAACUUCUCACACUUUUUUUUUAAUUGAUUUCACUGCUGUUACUAAUAGAAUUAUAUAAUCUUAUGAUAGACGAACAAAUUAAAUGAGAAGAGGUUUGAAUCAAAAUUAUUUGAAAAUAUAUCAUUGUUAUCUGUAUAACAUUUAAAAAAUAAUAAAACUACUAACAUUGAAAAAAAUGCAACAAAACAUUAAUUAUUAUAUUUGCUUAGAACUAUUAGUUUCUGCCUGCAGAGAUAUUUAGUUUUAUAUAAAAUUAAAAACUUGAAUAUAAUACUUGAAAUAUCAACAACAGGUACAUUAACCUUAAUAAAUGAUAAAACACCUCAUUCUAUCAUGAUACUUUAUAUUGCUAGAGAUCAAACACUGGCUGGAUGGAAGAUUUGAAACUAAACUUUAAUAAGAAUAGCGAUGGUAGAAUUCAAAGUAAAAUUUGGUUUUCAAAGUAACAAUUUAGACAUUCACGAGGAUAUAAAACAAUUAUCACAGUUGUGCUGAAUUAUUAUUAAUUAAUGAUUAAUA